AUGGCCACCGCGAGAGUGCUAACCGUCGCCAAUACUUCCUGCUUUCUCUCCAAGACGACGUCGUUCCUUGCCAAACAGGGGCCGUACAGCACCAGCCUCUGCUUUACCAGAAGAAGAGCACCGUCGUCGUUGUCUUCGUCGUGCCGGAGGUCCUUCGCUUGCACAGCUAUCUACAACCCCGAGGUUCAGAUCAAGGAGGAAGGGCAGCCCGAAACCCUAGACUACCGAGUCUUCUUCGUCGACCGUGUUGGUCAAAAGGUUUCACCUUGGCAUGAUAUACCUUUGCAAGUGGGUAAUGGUUUAUUCAACUGUGUGGUUGAAAUACCCAAAGAAUCGAGUGCAAAGAUGGAGGUUGCUACUGAUGAGCCACACACUCCGAUAAAGCAGGAUACAAAGAAAGGAAAACUUCGUUACUAUCCCUACAAUAUAAAUUGGAAUUAUGGAUUGCUUCCACAAACAUGGGAAGACCCAUCCCUUGCUAAUAGUGAAGUUGAAGGAGCAUUUGGGGAUAAUGAUCCAGUUGAUGUUGUUGAGAUAGGCGAAAGUCGGAGAAAGAUUGGCGAGGUUCUCAAAGUAAAGCCCUUGGCUGCAUUAGCUAUGAUUGAUGAAGGGGAACUUGACUGGAAAAUUGUUGCAAUUUCAUUGGAUGAUCCCAAAGCUUCUCUUGUCAAUGACAUUGAUGAUGUUGAGAAGCAUUUUCCGGGGACUCUCACUGCAAUAAGGGACUGGUUUAGAGACUACAAGAUCCCUGAUGGAAAGCCUGCUAACAAGUUUGGUCUUGGCAACAAGGCGGCAAACAAGGAUUUUGCGCUUAAGGUCAUAACCGAAACCAAUGAAUCAUGGGCUAAGCUUGUCAAGAGAUCAAUUCCUGCUGGAGAUCUGUCACUCGUAUAG